GGACGGACGCCCCCGCACACGCAGACGCACGGAGCUCGGCGAGGUCCCCGUCACACAUAUACACACACACACACACACACACACACACACUCGCGCAGACACACACAGGGACACACGCACACUCGCGCGCGCACAUCCUCCCGCCAGCCUACCCGCCCGCUCGUCGGCGCCCGGAGUCAGCUCUGGCCGGAGUGAGAGAGAGAGAGAACCACACUGCUGAUGACUCCGAGGGAGGGGCCCUGGACAUGUGCUGCAGCGAGAGGCUGCCGGGUGUCCCCCAGCCGGUAGGGAUGCAGGCGCUGGACCAGGCCGAGGGGCCCACGGCCUUGCAGAGAGAGGUGCCACUGCCCCCGCCUCCUUCACCGCCUUCAGAGACAGCUCAGAAGCCACCACCUCGAGACGCCAGGGGCCCCUCCCUUGCUGUCAGGAGCAGCCUGUGCCUGCUGGCUGCCUCCCAGUUCCUGCUCGCCUGCGGGAUGCUCUGGCUCAGCGACUACGGCCCCAUCUGGUCGCAAAAUGCCACAGACCUCAUCUCCUCCGUGCUCACGCUCCUGGAGCAGCUGGGACCCUCGGCCUGGCUGGCUGUUGGGACCUGGGACGUCCCUAAUCUGCUGCUGGUCUCUCUGUCCGUGGUCCUCAUCACCACCUUGGUGUGGCACCUCCUGAGAACUCCCGCAGAGCCACCCAGCCCGCUGCCCCCCGAGGACAGGCGCCAGUCGGUGAGCCGUCAGCCCUCUUUCACCUACUCUGAGUGGAUGGAGGAGAAGGUCGAGGAUGACUUCCUGGACCUGGACCCUGUCCCUGAGACACCUGUGUUUGACUGCGUGAUGGACAUCAAGCUUGAGGCCGACCCUGCCUCACUGACUGUCAAGGCCAUGGGUCUGCAGGAGAGGAGGGGCUCCAACGUCUCCCUGACCCUGGACAUGUGCACCCCGGGCUGCAAUGAGGAGGGGUUCGGCUAUCUCAUGUCCCCACGCGAGGAGUCGGCCCGCGAGUACCUGCUCAGCGCCUCCCGUGUCCUCCAGGCCGAAGAGCUUCACGAGAAGGCCCUGGACCCCUUCCUGCUUCAGGCAGAAUUCUUUGAAAUUCCCAUGAACUUUGUGGAUCCGAAAGAGUAUAACAUCCCUGGGCUGGUGCGGAAGAACCGGUACAAAACCAUCCUUCCCAACCCUCACAGCAGAGUGUGUCUGACCUCACCAGACCCUGACGACCCUCUGAGUUCCUACAUCAACGCCAACUACAUCCGGGGCUACGGUGGGGAAGAGAAGGUGUAUAUCGCCACUCAGGGACCCAUCGUCAGCACAGUUGGCGACUUCUGGCGCAUGGUGUGGCAGGAGCACACGCCCAUCAUUGUCAUGAUCACCAACAUCGAGGAGAUGAACGAGAAGUGCACCGAGUAUUGGCCGGAGGAGCAGGUGGUGUACGACGGCGUGGAGAUCACUGUGCGGAAAGUCAUCCACACUGAGGAUUACCGGCUCCGACUCAUUGCUCUCAGGAGUGGCACAGAAGAGCGAGGCCUGAAGCAUUACUGGUUCACAUCCUGGCCUGACCAGAAGACCCCAGACCGGGCCCCCCCACUCCUGCACCUGGUGCAGGAGGUGGAGGAGGCAGCCCAGCAGGAGGGGCCCCGCUGCGCCCCCAUCGUCGUCCACUGCAGUGCAGGGAUUGGGAGGACGGGCUGCUUCAUCGCCACUAGCAUCUGCUGCCAGCAGCUGCGGCACCAGGGCGUGGUGGACAUCCUGAAGACCACGUGCCAGCUCCGUCAGGACAGGGGCGGCAUGAUCCAGACGUGUGAGCAGUACCAGUUCGUGCACCACGUCAUGAGCCUCUACGAGAAGCAGCUGUCCCGCCAGUCCCCCGAGUGACCACACUCCUCCCCGAGGUCCUCUGGGUACCACCCAGCCUGAGUCUGGGCCCUCAUCCCGGCCACACCCAGGGCCCUGCCUCAGGUCCAGCCUGCCCCCUGUCCCUCCCGCUUCCUUCUCCUCAGUCUGCUCCCCAGCCUGGGCCUGGCCCCUGCCUCCCCCCACAACGUAGCUCUUCCUACUGUACAUAUUGGGGAGUGGGGGAGGGUGGGGGAGGGGUGUGCCAGGCCAGGCCUGGGGCCCCAGGGCCUGACCCACGCUGCGCGACCUGGGGCCUUGGUUUUUAAUGAUGGUUCCAUUGCUACUUGAUCCAAAACAUUUCCGUGCCGCACUCUACGUGUCCUGCUGCAGCGUGUUCUGUCUGUCCAUCCAUCUCUGCUGUC